CAUACACACACACACACACACACACACACACACACACACAUACACGCACAUACACACACUCUGUUUCCUCUGUGUCUCUUUCCAAACGUGUCAGUCAACCAGUCAGUCAAUUAUUUGUGUGUGUGUGUCUGGUGGGGAUGCCUGAAAAAAGCUCGUAACCAUCCUUCAUCUCUAUGACCGGCGGACACAAGAAUCACAGACGAGAUCAAGGAGACGAACGGUUUCUCACAGUGGAAAUUCCUCAAUCACUUUACCUCCUGGUACCACUACUGUUGCCGUCUAUGAGCUGCGCCGUGGCAGCGGAGAGGGCUUUCCUGAAAUCCUGACACACGGAGAAACCCAGUAAAAGCUCCCAGUAGCAGCAGCAGCAGCAGACGCCAUGUCUUCUCCUUCCCUCCCCAUGCCGUCUCUGCCCCCUAGCCCUCUGGCCAUGGAGUACCUCAACGACUUUGACCUUCUCAAGUUUGAGGUGAAAUCGGACACGCCUCCACUCCCUCCUCCAUGUUCGUACCCCAAAUCUGGCCUGCCCCAUGACCCCUCGAGCUCUCCGUAUACCAGCAACCCUCCACAUGACUCCAGUUUGAGUUCCAGUCCUUACAACUCGCUGCCGCCUUCGCCGACUCUCAGCGAUGCACACCCGCCACCCUCGGGCUCUUCCUCCAUCUCGUCAUCGUCCUCCUCCAUUUCCUUCCCUCUGUCCAUAUCCAACAGCUUCACCUCUGGCAUUAGCUCUGGGUCCCAGGGGAACGUGGAGAGCAGUCCCGCGCAUGGUGGCCCUCAAGGCCCCACUCCUGCCUCCCUUGAGGACCUGAUAUGGCUGGCAGCGCUGCAGCAACAGUUUGGAGGGGAGGUGACGGGGCCCGCCACUUUGCUAGGAGCUUUGGGUGGAGUUCCAGAGAGAGGCGACAGAGAGAGGGGACCCGGGAAUGGCUUUCUGGGAUGCGAAGAUGCAGUGGAAGCUUUGCUGAACUCAGCUGCCGCAGCGGUCAGCUCACAGUUCCCAGGUCUUUCUCAAAGCUCAAACAGCAACCUGGGAGACUCCAGUAGUGACAGUGGAGGAGACAUCUCCUGCACCAAGGCGGCAGACAUGUGCCAUCGUCCGCUAGUCUUCCUGUCGUCUGCCCCUCCCACGCUCCCUAAUGGUGCCCCUGCCUCAGUUCCUUACCCACAGCCACUCAGCCCCCAGGGCCGCCUUCAUCACCACCAACAUCACCAUCAUCAUCCUCACCAUCCCAUGCAUGCCAACCACCACCAUCAUCACCAGUCACAAGUCAACCAGCCAUGUGGGGUGAACGAGCGCUUCUCCGACGAGCAGCUGGUGAGCCUGUCGGUGCGCGAGCUCAACCGACACCUGCGUGGCGUGAGCAAGGACGAGGUGGUGCGCCUGAAGCAGAAACGUCGCACGCUCAAAAACCGCGGCUACGCCCAGUCCUGCCGCUACAAGCGCCUGCAGCACCGGCACGCGCUGGAGUCAGAGAAACACCUGCUCACACAACAGCUGGAACAGCUGCAGUGUGAGUUGACCCGGGUGCUGAGGGAGAGGGACGCCUACAAGGCUCGCUACGAGAAACUCCUCAGCACAAACCCGGGAGCCGGCGGCGAGGCGGCCCCUCAGACACGCACCAGUAACCCGCCAUCCCCGCCCCCCGACUACUUCCUCUGAGUUUAUCAAGCAUUUUAACAAGACCAGCCAACAUGGAGCAAUAACUGAUGAGUGAUGACACUCUGGGGGACGCAAGAUCUGUGUGUGUGCAUUGUUGUGUUUAUGUGUGAGAGGCAUUUUAAAGAGAGGCGUUUUCAGGUAGUUUUUGGGCUUUACGACUGUGAAAAACACACUUUGAGUGACGGAAAGAAAAUUAAGCGAUCUGACUUUGUAGGUAAAGAGCCUUGCAAAAGUUUUCAUAUCCCUUGAACAUUUUUUUUUCUUUUUUUUACAUUUUGACACAU